AUGGCCGUGGCAUCUACUUGUCCAUGGGGGAACCUCGUCCUGUGCGGUGGUGGAGUGAGGGUCAAGAGGAUCAAUAGGGUUAAGAGGGUCAAGAGGGUCAAGAGGGUCAAGAAGACCAAGAAGAUCAAGCUACUAAUCUACAGUCAACUUACAAUAUCUGUUAUCUCUACCCAUAGAGGGAAGGGGAAGGGGGGGUUGGAUGGAAAUAGUAGAUAUCUUGGCGGGCUAGCCUGGCUAGCGGGUGUUGUGUUGAGGUCCGUUGAAGAUGCACCCAAUGCAUGCAAUGCAACCCAUCUGCACCCAAGAUGCAGUCCCUGGUCUGGUCCUACACCUGCACCAACACUACAGAUUUCACCUUGGAAUCCUUUCGUUGGCCCAGCGGUCGUGAGUGGUGUAACUGGUUACGGUGUUGCGUAG